AUCAGCUUAUUGCCCUCACCUCCCAGGAUGCCGACAGCGGAAAGCAUUCUGCGCUUUUUCAACUCCGUCUGAUGGCGAAGACACCACCGCUGCGUCUCCGAUGGGUCACAAAACUAUCUUUCUUUCCUCAAUUGCAGCUGCUACCACCAUACCUUUACAACUAAACUACCGCCAAGGUCCAAGAAGUUUGCCACAAAAAUCCUUUGCGCUACCCGACCGCCGACGACCAUCAAAAGCCAUCAAGUUAUCUCAAGCAAAAUGAUUUCUGCCGUUGCUUUUACUGCGCUGCUUGCGAGUUAUCAGGUCUCCGCAUUCCAGCCGCUGCCGUCCAAUAUCCAUGGGUUCAACAGGGCCGUGCAUGGCCUAGCACAACCAAGACCUUCAACUACAAGUUUGUUGGCAUUUGAUACCAAGCAAAAUGUAUCCGAGGUCAUCGGCAGCAGCAUUACUUCUUCAGGGAACACGGAGCCGCUGGAGAUGGCGUACUUGCAAGAAACUCUGGACCAGGAAAAGGAAAUGUUUGCCGCGUUUGACGUAUCUAGCAGCAGUACCGAGAUUGUGGUCGCCGCAGCGGAGCAAGAAACUGCUGAAGUUAGUCCAUUGGAAGGACUCUUUUGGAGAGGAUCAGUGGUUCUGCUUUGCGGUUUAUGGGCUUCCAACUUUCCCAUUGCCAAGAUGAUCAUGGCCGAACCAGGUGUGGAUUCGUCACUAUACGCAGUCACUCGAUUUGCCGUGGCUGCCUUGGCGUUGGCACCGGGAGCUAUUGCCUCUACUCGAAGAACCGGCAUGGACUGGGAAACGCUAAAAGGGGCUUUUAUUUGUGGAUCUUGGGUGGCUUUUGGGUAUCUGGGACAAACAUUGGGACUGCUCAGCACCACAGCUUCCCGGUCUUGUGUCAUUUGCUCCUUGCACUGUGUAUUUGUGGCUAUCAUUGCAGAGUGGAUGCGAGUCAACAAGGCCAAGGAGACCAUGAUGCAAUCGACUCAAUUUGACUUCAAGCGACUCAUUCCUGCCUCCAUUGCAGUGGCUGGAGUGGCAGUGGUAGAACUGCAGGGUGCCGCUGGAGGUCCCAAUGUCGGAGACUUGCUCUCGUUUGCGCAGCCCAUUGGAUUUGGCCUUGGAUACUUGAUGCUGGAAGAACUCAUGGCCAAACGACCAGACACUGCUUUGGCCGUAUCUGCCAUCAAACUCGCUGUUGUUGCAUUGGCAUCGUUUGUCAUGUUUGAACUCACGCCCAUCAUUCAAAACGGUGGACUCGACAACUGGUCCUUUGCUGUACCGGACUUUGGAGCCAUUCUGGCGUCCCCCACGGCCUUGGCGGGAGUGUUGUACACGGGCUUGGUAACCACUGCCCUUGCAUUGUGGAUUGAAUCCAAAGCCUUUGUGCGUGUCCCAGCUACAGAUGCAUCCUUGAUUUUGACUACCGAGCCACUCUUUGCCGCUGGCUUGGCCGCAGUCACUUUGGGCGAAACCUUUGGCUUGUCCGACUAUGCUGGGGCAUCUCUCAUCAUUGCAGCUUGUGUCAUGGCGACACUUAUGGACGAUGAAAGCCGCGACGAAGGGUGCCCACCAGAUGCCGAUGAGUGCGAAGCACCAAGAAGCACCUUUGGAGGUUAUUAAACGGAUCGUGUCACAGCAACGGAUCGUUUUCAUUUUGCCAUUCAAGGCUGUUUGUUUCCGACGCUUUCCAUCGCAUCGCGUUCGGAUGCUACUCUCACUAGAAUAUCACAACAAUUUUUUUUCUCACCAACCACACAUUCAUAAGAACCCAAGUCGUUUGCACACAAUCAACAAAACAUCAAAGCGAGAUCAAUAGAAUCCAUCCUUUGUGGAAAGGACUGCGGAGUCAGAGCAACCAUUGUUCGGUCGACGAGCUACAUACUUGACGAACUCUCUUUGAUCUCAAUCGGUUAUGCCUCCCCCCAAAAAUUUCAAUCAUAAGUCUCCUCUUGCGCACUAACACCAGACCAGCUAAUUUUGCAGCGAAGAUUCCGUCUUGGUUAGGUGUUUGGAAUGACUGGAUAGCUGCUUGCCUAAGGACUUCGACUCUCGCCAACGUAGAUAAUGCUUCGUGCGCUAGUUGAUGACAUAUUUAAAACCAGUAAUGCUACGCAAAGGCAAGCA